AAGACAAGUCCAGGAAGUCUUUGGCUCGAACUUACGACGAAGCAGGUCUCAGUGUCGUGACGAGCGACGCGGAGUUAGUUUGGACAUGUAGAGGAAAUGUAGUUGAUACGCGGCUUCAGAUUCUGUAUAAGAAGGGGGUCACAGCGAGCUCCAUUGCUGCAUACCAAGUCUUUGCUCAUAUUCUCAUCUCCAAACUUCCACGUUCUCUUCUUUUGCUGGUGUUGUUCAUCCGCAUCUACUUCUUUUGGAUUCAUUAAACAGGUGAAGUUUUCCUCCCUGUCAUUGCUCGAAAGUUCAGUGGAGGGAGAGAGAGAGAGAGAGAGACUAUGCUGCAAUUCCGCAGUCAUGAUUCUUCACUAAUUACCUGGAACCGUGACUAGUUUUCAUUUUUCCAGUUGAUCAACGUGAAAUUCCAUUCAGCGAUGUCACGGAAGAGCUCUGCGGAUGACCAGGAAGUUGGGUCUCAGCAAGAGAUCCUCCUCGUCAAUGCUGGGAAGACCCUCCUGAAGAAAAAUUCGUUUCUCAUUUCGACAAUAAAUAACGCUGCGAUUGAGGUAUGUGCGGUUGAUGAUCAAGAUGUUGAGUCGCAGCAACCGAGUCUCCUCAAUGCCGGCAAUACCCAGAGGAGAUGGUGGCAUUUGGUCUACUUGGUCCAAAAGGCUCACCAGAAACUCGUUUCGGCGGCAAAUAACACCGAGAUGGAUACACAACUUGCAAGCACAGAAUUGCUGGAUACUGGGGAACCAGAGCCAAUCAGGGAAUUGGGCAUCAAUCGUGGGUUCAUCAAUCAUGAAGCUACUGUUUUUUUUGGUAAGGAUCAUGAAGCUACUGUUGUGGUGCUCCAAACUGAAAAUAUCGCUAAGAUGGUAAUGGAAAAGGAUUCGACUACCUUACAACACUUUGGAGGUGUCCAAGGGAUAGCAGAGGCUCUCAACAGUGAUAUGGUGAAUGGAAUUCCAGGUCACGAAGAGGACCUCCCUUGGCGACGCACUGCAAUCCUUAAACCCAAGUCGGAGGCUCAUAACAGUAACUUCAUCCACUUCCUCAGGAAAUCUUGCAACAGUAGCACCAUCUUCCUCCUCCUAAUUUUCUCCAUUCUGUCAUUCGCCUUUAGGAUCCAGGAGAAAGGACUGAGAACGGGUUGGUAUGAAGGGGCUCUUACACUAGGUGCCGUCAUUCUGAUCGUGAUAGUCCAUUCGAUUUGUGAAUUUCGAAAAAGUUCACGUCAGCUUUCAAGAAACGACCUUCGGCAAAAUGGAGAACAGAAAGUUCAUGUUUUAAGAGGGGGACACCGUCAAAUUAUUUGCAUAUCCGACGUCCUUGUGGGAGACAUUGUGCUAUUAGAGAAGGGAGACCGAGUUCCUGCCGAUGGUUUGCUCAUACCCACUGAAUCCUUGGAAGUGAAUGACAAAGCUGAUCCCAUCAUCAACGAUCAGAAUCCAUUCUUGUUUUAUGGUUCCAGAGUAGCUGAUGGUACUGGCAAAAUGCUUGUGACCUCGGUUGGUGCCGAGACGAAGUUGGGCAAUAUUUUGAGCAGAGCUCCACCAUUGAAAAAGACACCAGUGGAGAAGCAACUCAACAAGCUGAGCACUUCGACACAGAUAACCAGUAUUGUCAUCUCAAUAAUCAUACUUGUGGUGCUUUUUUUGCAGUUCAAGCUCGAGAAGGAAUAUGAUAAGUCGGACCUGCCAGAAUUCUCAGGGAAGCCACAUCCUCUGAAGGGAUUAUAUGAAGCUAUAAAGAGAGUUUUCUCAACACAAGGGAUGAUAAAUACAUUGACUUCUUCAUGUACUUUGCUACUUGUUGGAGUAGCCGAAGGACUAGCAUUAGCAAUCACUAUUGCCAUCACUUGCUGGAACAAGAGGAUGCUCGGUGACAAGAUCUUUGCUCAAGAACCAUCCAUUACUGUCACCAUGGCAUCAGUCACCAUUAUCUGCACUGACGAAACAGGGGGACUAACAUUGACCCCACAUGAAGUUGAAAGGUGCUGGAUUGGUGAAGAAGUUAUCAGUGAAGAUUUCAAGAUAUCCGAAGCAUUUUGCGAUGGGAUUGGCAUAUUAUCUUUAUUACCAGAGAACAGCCGAACCUCAGUGGAUAACUCAAUCCUUUCUUGGGCUGCAGAGAAAUGGGGAUUGAAAACGGAUAUCUGGAAGCAAAGUCACAGUAUCAUUAAAUGGCCAACCCAAAAGGACAUAGUUGAAGCAGUGAUCGGAAAGGAUGGAGGUAAAGGGCCUAGGUACUGGCACUGCAGGGGACCUGCAACAGCAAUACUAGACAUGUGUUCACACUUUUAUGACAUUGAAGGCAAUAUAAGGACCAUGGAUAGAAAUGAAAAGAUAAUUUUUGAAGGCCGUAUUAACCAAAUGCUGUCAAAAGAUAAUGAAUCAAUUGCGCUUGCUCGUAAGCAAGUUGAUGACUCCAGGUAUGAUGAAGGCAAUCUAACAAUGCUGGGACUGUUGGGGCUAAAGAAGAAUAGCUUGAAAGAUACAACAGAAGUGAUCAAAGAAUGCAGAGAAGCCGGAGUUAAAGUACUAUUAGUAUCGAGUGAGGAGGUUUCGAUGCUUCAGAACAUUGCCACAGCAUUUGGAGUGAUACAGCCUGAUUCAGAUGAACCGGUCAUCUCAGGUGCAGAAUUUCGGAAUAGGUCUGAUGAAGAGAGGAUGGAUAUGGCAGCUAGAAUUUCUGUGAUGGGGAGCUCCCUUCCAUCUGAUAGGCUCCUUCUGCUGAGUUGCUUGAAAGAUCGAGGACACACGGUUGCAGUGGUCGGAAACAGAACAAAUGACAUUCCCAUGCUAAAAGCUGCCGAUGUAGGACUGACAUUUGCUACUUGGAGCACUAUCAUUGCAAGAAAGAGCACUGACAUUAUCAUCAUGGAAGGAAAAUUCACAUCCAUCCUGGCCAUAAUGAAGUGUGGAAGAUGCAUAUUCAGUAGUAUGCAAAAGUACCUUCAAUUUCAGCUAACUAUGACCUUAGCCGGGUUGUUGAUACCCUUGAUCACAGAUGCCUCUCAUGGAAGUUCACCUAUAACAACGAUUCAAUUGCACUGGGCAAUAUCAGUUUUGACUCUUCUAGGUGGUUUGGCUCUACUGAUGGAACCACCCAGUGAGAUGCUCACGAAGAAAUUCACACUGGAACAAGAUGGACAACUCAUUACCAAGGCCAUGUGGGUGAAUAUUUUCAUACAAAUAGCUUACCAGGUGUCUCUUUUGGCAACCAUACAGUCUAAAGGGCCUACAAUUCUCAGGCUUAACAAGAAGGUGAUUGAGACUGUGAUAUUCAAUAGCUUUUUUCUAUGCCAAGUAUUCAACAUAUUCAAUGCACGAGAGCCUGAAAAGAAGAACAUCUUCAGAGGUGUCCAUCGCAGUCAAUGGUUUUGGGUGGGUAUAGUUGCCGCUUUGUUGUUGCAGGUCGGAUUUCUUGAGAUAGCACAUAUCAUUGCAGGUGAUUCAAGAUUGACAUACGCAGAAUGGGGAAUGUGUCUGCUUCUUGGGAUAAUAUCAUGGUGCAUAGACUUAGCUGGAAAGUGCACACUCCAGAUGAUUAAAAAGUGGGUUAUAAACUCAGCUGUCCUAAUCUUGAGCUUCCACUCAUGCUGGAAGUUGAAGGCCCAAAAUGUUCUCCGCAAUAGUGAUGGAAAAACUGAAUGA